AUGGCUUCCGACGUGCCAGGUGCAGAGCGCUCACUGAAUAAACGGGUCCCGACCGGGCUUGAAUCUGGACCCUUCGUGCUGCGCACCUUGUUCCAAGAUGUCCCACUAUCGGCCGAUGGCGCCCACGAUGACAUCAAGAUCAAUUGUGUCGAUUAUUUAGAUGGUAACCUCUAUGUUGGAACGUCUGCCUCUGAACUUCUCCAUUUCGUCCAAAUACCUCCCGACCCAGCCGACAAAUCCUCAAGUACAGCCUUCAUCCUCGCUUCGAGACUCAAGCCGGCGUACAAUGAACCUUCGAAGACAUCAAGUGCCUCUAAGCCAGGAGUUCAGCAAAUUCUGCUUCUUCCAAGGGUAGCUAAGGCGUGCAUACUAUGCAACUGGACUGUCACUUUCUACUCCCUUCCCGAGCUGAGCCCGGUAUUUGGCACAAUUCAAGUUAAAAACUGCAGUUGGAUCGGUGGCAUCGAUCUGAACGAGCUUGGCGCCGAAGAUGACAGUGUUGAUCCCACAGGCGUCACCAUACUGUUGUCGCUCAACAGAAAGAUACAGGUCGUUCGAAUAGGGGAAGAUGCUCCUCGUCCUAUCCCUAAGAAGAUUGACUAUGCGGGUAGUAUACUGUCGGUGAGGAGAGAGUCGAUUGCUUGUGUAGCCGACUCGAGGAGCUACGCGCUAUUGGAAAUCGAUCGGCAGCUGAAGAUCCCGUUGAUGUCUAUCUCGUCGCUAGAUGAAAUACAACCAGGCAAUGUAAUAGGUCAAGCUCAAGACAUAUCCGGGGGCGGUGGAGGUGGCAUAUCAAGAAGUGCCUCUUCAACUCAUAGCCGGCCCAGACCCGACAGUAGUGACUCUCAGGCGCAUCGGAGAGGCACUAGCCUGGGAAACUUCAUGGCUGGUGGGAACCGGAAGCAGGACCAGCGUACCGGAGAUCAAGAAGAGUCCGUAUUCCAGGAACCUACAACACCUGAUAGGAAUGCGAGCCCUAGGCCAUCGGUCGAGGCACCCAGCCGUGUUAAUACGCCGCAACCAUCGGGAACAGAAGGGGCAACUGCAAAACCCAGGUUGAGACAAGUUUUUCUCAAGCCACAUAUUGUUUCGCCAACCCCCGAAGAAUUUCUGCUGGUCACUGGCACCGGACCCCUGGAGCCCGGCAUAGGUAUGUUCGUGAACCUCGAUGGAGAUCCUACGAGGCCCACCAUCGAGUUUGAUCGAUACCCCAAGGAAAUUGUCGUUGACGGCGGCGUUUCUGACUUGUCUUCAUCGCGGCCGUCCCUCGGCGAAGAAGAAGAGGGGUAUGUGCUUGCAUCUAUGGAAAAGGAAUUCGACAAUGAGGUUCGCAACGGCCUUGAAAUCCAAAGAUGGGACACGAAUGCUGCUGAAGCCGAGUCCACCAAGUACUGGCUCGAGCCGCCCAACCCCGAAGGGAAAACUACUGCAUCGUCAAUAACGAUAGGCAUCCGCUCGCUGCUGGGCGAGGACAAAACCCACUUCCCAGAGAUUGUUGAACGACUCUGCCAACAGAGAUUCGUACCUUUUGCUUCUAGCACUAUACAGGGAUCCACAGUGUCGCUAAGGAGUAUGGACUCUAGAACUGCAUUAUCAAUAGAGCGGGUUUCGAAAGAGCAGCAGCUAUUCGAAAGAGACAAUGAUUCGCAAGAUGAUGAUUCUUUACCUGAAGGCUGGGAGGUUGGUCGUAGGGCCGAGGAAGAAGACUUUGCCAGAAGAUUGGCUGGUUCUACAGCUCGAUUGGCUGUGUGGUCUGGAAGUCAUAUCUGGUGGGCUAUUCGCAAUCCGCUGAUCCUUCAGCUGGACGCACAGCUCGAAGCCGGAAGCACCUCUUAUGAUCCGACAGUCUCGGAACGGCGCGAGCUUUUCAAAGUAAUCAACUCGUUUAGAGGCCGUGAUGCCAAGUCUGAGCUGGAGUUUUUGACUUUCAACUAUAUACGGCAAAGGGCUGGGGUCCUCUUGCUAACGGCUUUCCUACAAUCCGUGCAGUCGGGAAAUCAUUCAUUUAGCGAACCCGACUUGCGUGCACUGGAAGAUGUUCUAGUUGAUAGCUUACUAGACCCACGCGUUGUGCUGUCCUUGAUCCCCGGCGUUAGAAACGAGGUGAUCGAGACUAGGAGAGGAAUCUGGAUCUUUGGGGGAGUCAAGUCCACGGCUGAGGCUUACAUACAGACAGACGCCUUUGACAAAGGUCGCUCGGGCGUAAAUGUUUUACCACCGCCGGUACUCCAGUUUUUGAAACGUUUCCUCACUGCGUGGAGACGGAAGAAAGGCUUCGGGAGUAUAGCGGACGAAAACGAGGUGUUUCGUACUGUUGAUGCAGCACUGCUUGCCGUUCUUCUUGAGCUUGAUCAGCAUUCCCCCCCUGGCCUGGUGAAGGGACGAUCGAUUCGUACUGAACUCUACGAGCUCGUUGACAACGGGGUCGAAUGCUUUGACCGGGGCGAGACUCUCAUUGAGUCUUACCACCGACUCUACGUGCUCAGUAGGCUAUACCAGAGCCGCAAGAUGUCCGCCGAAGUCCUUGCUACCUGGCGACGCAUUGCCGAAGGAGAAAGAGAUGAUGGAGGUGAACUCCAAGAUGCUGAAUCCCGUGUUCGAGGUUACCUACUGAACAUCAGCAAUCAAGCGCUGGUGCGGGAAUACGGCAUAUGGCUUGCGAAUCGCAAUCCCAAGCUCGGCGUGCAAGUGUUCGCAGAAGACAAAGGUCGGGCGCCAAGGUUCGAGCCCACUGAAGUUGUUGAGGUAUUACGCGAGGAAGCACCCGAUGCGGUAAAGUACUACCUCGAACACCUUGUUUUCGGCAAAGGUCAUACGACAUACGUCAAUGAGCUCAUCACGUUUUACCUCGACAUCGUGAUCACUCAUCUCCAGUCCUCAUCGGAAGAUCGCGACGUACUCAUUUCAACGUAUGCUUCUUACCGUGCCCUCCAGCCUCCCAAACCCACAUAUCGCCAAUUCCUGGCAGACAAUGCUCCUCCCGAUGACGAAGUUUGGCACAGCCGUCUGCGCCUCCUCCAACUCCUAGGUGGUAGUUACGAAUAUGACUCGGCAACGAUUAGGGAUCGCAUUGCAAGUCUAAACGCCACAGCCGAAGAUUUGCUUGUGCCGGAGACCAUCAUCCUCGACGGCCGCGAGCGCAAGCAUGAGGAUGCGCUCCGUCUGCUCGUUCACCGCCUAGGCGACUACGACACUGCAGUGUCUUACUGCAUCCGCGGCGGCGCGAGCAUCUAUAGUAUCUACCAAACAGGUGCCCCCGUAUCAUCUGCAUCAGAAGAUGCGAGCGCCAAGGCGCCCAAACGACGUGAAAGCAUGCCGUCAACGCAAGACCAACAGGCACGACUAUUCCGCGCGCUCUUGGGCGAGUUUCUGACGCUUGAAGACAUUAGCCAUCGCGUGGAGCAGACGGGCAUGUUACUCGAGCGAUUCGGGGGAUGGUUCGAAGUCAAUGAGGUCCUGGGCAUGAUCCCGGACAGCUGGAGCGUAGAUCUAGUAGCGGGGUUCUUGGUUAGAGCGCUCAGGAGGAUGGUGGUGGAGAAGAAUGAGACGACGAUUGCGAGGGCGUUGAGCUCGAGCCAGUUGUUGAGGGUGCAGCAUGACUUGGUGGUGAAGAUGGACGAAAAGGGCCCGACGUUUGAGGGUGAAUGA